UCACCGCCAGUUUACAUUCGAUAAAAUAUUCUCUAAUCAUGUCUCAAUCUGGUUCGGAGCAUCAAGAGGCGGCUUAUACUGAAGAAACUUGCCCCGGCAUUACAUACAAAUAUCUUUCGCCAGAACAACAAGAAAUGAGCGAUAUUUUAUAUAAAAUGGAGUGUCAUGACCUAGACCUAUUAGGCAUUGUGCACCUCGGCCAUGAUGGGAUUUUCCGCUACCUUGAUGCUGAUCGCAAUAUCCACUACGCAAUUGCUCUAAGGCCUGCGUUAAUAAAAGCUCUAUUGGACCGCGGCCCUUAUGAUAAGGAGGAAGAGACAGUCUUUCGCGGAGUUGAUGGAACAAAAGUUCCCAAAGAGCAGUGGUAUAAUCCACCCCUGGGUAUCCUUCCCGAACCACUAUCUGAGGAGCAUCGGAAAGAGGGCCAAGAACUUAUCAAGAAGAAUAAAGAGAAGAUUAACAGGAAUCGUGAGGCUUCGAAGAAUUACAAGGAACGUCUUGUAUAUAUAGAGUCAGAUCAUAAGCUUGAAUAAGUAUACUGGAGUGCCGCCAGUUGAGAGACAAA